AUGCUCAUCCAACUCUCCAGGGCUACGCGCGCUCGCUCCGCCGUUGCGGCUGUUUCUCGUGUCGCCAGACCUAAUGUCGUCCAGGUGAGGGGCUUCAUUGCUCCUACCGUCUCCAGAAAGGCCGACUUCGUCCAGGAGCUUUACCUCAAGGAGCUCAAGGCCUACAAGAUCCCUGCCGUCAAGGAGUCCGAUGCCGAGGGCAACGUUCAGACCUUCAGUGUCCCCAAGACCCCUUCUUCCCCCGAGGAGACCGACCUUGCCGGCAACCUGAAGGAGUACGAGAGCAUGGCCGUUGAGAUCGAGGGCCAAGACGCCUCUGCCCAGACUUCCGGUGCCCCUGCGGCUGCCGACUGGCUCGAGGCUGAGGAGGACGACGAGCCUCACCACUAA